AUGCUGGAAACACAAUUCAAUACCAUGCUAAAUUUAAGAACCAAUGCAUCGAUUAGUUUUGAGGAUUCUCCAGAAUACAAAGAUAUGGCUGAAAAGCUUGAUUUUCUUAAUGCUGAAAAUGAACAUUUAAAAUUGUUACUUGAGGAAAGAGAUUUAGAAAUUCAGUCCCUAAGAGAGCAAGCAGAGUUGAUGCGAGAAAGAUAUAUCAUGGAUAUUGAUAAGCUGACAUCUGAAGUUGCGAAUUCCAGAAUUGCUCCAAAACCUCUUGAGGAAGAAAAGAUGGAAGAGCAUGUUGACGAGAAUCCAAGAACCAGCUCACCACCUCGCUCUAGAUCACCACCACCUCAACCCGUUCAACAAUCAUAUCCAAAGCAAGAGGCAAGAAGAAGUUUAGACUUUAAUGCUGCUGUCAGAAAUGCGUUACACAACAUGUCCAAGGAACAAGCUAAUCCUCUGUCAAAGUCGUUUGACGCCAAACAGUUCAAGAUUAAUUCUGAAAAACCAAAAGCAGUUGCUUCCAAUGAGGAACAAGAACAGGAAGAGAAUCAACAAGAAGAUAAAACCAGAAAGGCCAACAAAACGUUGGACAGUAUAACAGAAAGAAUGCUGAGGUCUUUGAAAGGCCCAAUUCGAGCUGAAGAUAAUUCUAAGCAAAUCGAUAAAAUGGUGAAUGACAUUAAGGAGCAAUUCAAAGAAAAGGGUGUGAUACUUCCUUUGAAACGAGUCAAAGAUUGCGUGUAUGCUUUUGGAGAAGGCAAAGCUGAAAGAAAAGUACAUCUUAACAUUGUCAAUGGAGUGUUGAAGGUUAAAAUAGGAGGUGGUUAUGAUGAUUUUUUGAAAUUUCUUUCACAAUCCGUUCGUUUAUUGCAAGCAAAGAAGAAAUAA